AAGUGAAGGAAAGAAACUUUUUGAAAUUCUUAGACUCAGUUAAUUCACUUUUGAAUCAGCAUGGAGCAUUAUUAAGGUUAUCGAAGUUCGUUUUAUUUAACUUCUGCAUUUUUUUUCUUAAAUUUCCGCAGUGAGCAUUUUUUUUAUCUCACAUUUAUUAUCUUUUUUCUUCAAUCUUAAAACAGCAAACCCAUUAAUAUUUGGUACUUAUACGUCACAUUUUGGGGCAGCUUAGUAGACUUUUGUAUUAAGUGUCAUUUCCAUUAGUGCAUGGACUCGCUAAAUUUCACAUUUAAAAACUGCCCAAUUUUUCAAUUUUUUUUAGAGUACGUAUUUGUACUGUUCUUUGUCAUUCCAUUUAGCCUGAAGAGGAAUACAUGCAUAAUUAUCUCAAAUAUUAUCUGUUUUAGCAAUUUAGGUGCAUCUGGGGGGCCUUUUAUGUUUACCAUUUGUUGAGAUGAUGUUUCUUUUGGUUCUUGGAAUGUUCUUAAUUUAUACAAUUUUACUGGACUAAGAUUAUGUUGCAGAUCUAAGAUUUGUAAGAACAGUUGUUGAGGAUGGGGGAUCAUUUUGUGCUUUUGGUGGAUCGGCUGCUUACUGAGUCAAACCUUGAAGCUACAAUAGAAAGGAAGAAUCAGUUGCAGCAGUCUAUGAUCAUAGCAAGCCAAGAUAAUAUGGUUUCUUCACAUAAGAUAGAUUUAAAUAUCAGUUCAUCUUCUAGUAAAUUGGUAGAGUGUAGGAUUUGCCAUGAUGAGGAUGAAGACUUUAAUAUGGAGUCACCAUGUUCUUGCCGUGGUAGCUUAAAGUAUGCUCACCGUAAAUGUGUUCAGAGAUGGUGCAAUGAAAAAGGCGAUAUCAUGUGCGAAAUUUGCCACCAGCAAUUUAAAUCAGGUUAUACUGCGCCACCUCCUUUGUUUCAUUAUGUUGGUGGUCCUAUGAACUUCAGGGGAAACUGGGAAAUUUCUCAAAGAGAGCUACAUAAUUCUCAAUUCAUAGCGGUGGUUACUAGUGAUGGUGAUUAUCUUGAUACCGAGUUUGAUGACUAUCCAGCUCCCUCAACCAGAAGUGUUAUGUGUUUUCGAGUAAUUGCUAUAAUAUUUAUGGUUCUUUUGGUUUUACGCCAUACUCUACCAAUUAUAAUUAGUGGAGCAGGGGACUAUUCAAUGACUGUGUUCACGUUGCUUGUGUUGAGAACCAUUGGAAUUCUUCUUCCAGUCUUCAUCAUGGUAAGAGCAUUCACAUCCAUCCAGCGCCAACGGAAUCAGCAGGACUCUCGUUUCUCGCUUUCUUCAUCCGACGAAGAAAGUGAAGUGCCAAAUCCCCGUCCACGUUUUGUACAAAUUCGGUGAUGUUUGAUCUAUAUCUCUCUUGUACAGAAUCCGAUGGUGAUGAGAUGACCAAGUCUGUUGCACUUAAUAUAAUGUACAGAAAAAGAUAUCCACGUUUAGCAUCUGCAAUUAUUUUUCAUGCCGCAAAAAUGAAGUGGCUGAAUUCUUUCUACCAACUUGAAAAGAGCCUUAUUAUUAGAUGCUGUUAUAUCCAUUUUCUGUCAGAAGCUUGUAUGCAGUAAUAGUAUGGUUAUUAUUAGCAUGCA